AUGUCGGGUUAUAGACACCUUCUGUACAGUCAAAUGCCAUCUCGUAGGCAAGUCCCUGAGGAGUCUGUUAAGACCUUUGCAGAUAGAAGGAAAUAUUCACCCAAAGAGGAUAGGAUCCUUAUUGGUGCUUGGCUUAACACCAGUGAGGAACCUCUCGUAGGCAACGAGCGGAGUGCUGUUGCUUUCUGGAAGCGUAUUGUAGACUACUACAACGCCAGCCCUCAGCUCGUUGGGCAAGUACCACGAGAGGUUACUUCUUGUAAGCAGAGGUGGUCUAGGAUCAAUCAUGAAGUAUCCAGAUUCACUGGUUGCUACAACCAGGCGCUAGGGGAGCAGAGAAGCGGCCAAAAUGAUGAUGAUGUGAUCAAAGCUGCUUACGACAUAUUCUUCACCAAGUACGAUACCAAGUUCACACUCGAUCACUGCUGGAGAGACCUCAGGCAUGAGCAGAAAUGGGCCUCCACUUAUAUGGCUAAGGAUGGUGGAAAGGAAAAGCGGAGGCCAGUGGUGGAUCUUGACGGACCAGAAGAAAAUGUUGUUGGAGAAGAUGAGGAUAGACCAGUCGGGGUAAAGGCUGCGAAAGGUGCCAGUAAGAAGAAGAAGAGUGGUCGAGAUGAGGAGUUGUCUAAGCUACAAGGCGUUUUGGAACUUAAGGAAAAACUGUCUAGAAAUAAACUCCUUGAUCGCUUGCUGGCCAAGAAAGAGCCAUUGUCUGAGAUCGAAACAACACUAAAAAUGAAGCUUAUCUUACUGCACUACAAAAAUGUACGGCAGCAAUUCGUCUACUUGCUUAUGAAAAUUCGGCUGACACGGUUGACGAAUAUCUCCGACUUGUUAUUCGGAGAUGAGUAUCUGCGACGACCCAAAGCAGAGGAUCUUCAACGACUACUCGAUAUGGGAGAGAAACGAGGGUUUCCUGGGAUGGUCGGGAGCAUUGACUGUAUGCACUAG